AUUACCUAAUUACCUCAGCUCACAUUAUUAGUACAGUACUGAAAAAAACCAUAUUAAUUGCUGGAGCAUGGAUAAUUCACAAAACGCAAGUUACCAAGCCGGCCAGGCCAAGGGCCAAAUGCAGGAAAAGGGAAGCCAAAUGAUGGAUAAGGCAAGCAAUGCGGCUCAAUCUGCUAAGGAAUCCAUGCAGGAGGCAGGGCAGCAGGCGAAGGCCAACGUACAGGGAGCAGCCGAUGCUGUUAAAAAUGCGACGGGGAUGAACAAAUGAAGAGGGUGCCGGAUUUCUAAAAUGACAAAAUAAUAUAUUUCAGACUUUCCACUUUGUUUGUCAAGAGUAUUGAU